AUGCAUGGCCCGCCGCGCGGGGCCUCACGGCUCGUGGCGCGCCUCUCGCGAUGCCGGUCGCCCGGCGAGGCCGAGGAGGUCCUGCAGAAGUUGCGGGCCGCGCGGGUGCUCAGCAGCGCGGGCGAGUGCACCGCCGCCGCGGCCGAGCUAGGCCGGCGCGCGCUCUGGCGGCAGGCCGUCUCCGUGCUGGCAGAUGCGCAGGGCGCGGGGCUCUGCCCAGACGCGGUGUUCCUCGGCGCCGUCGCAGGCGCCUGCGGGCGCGGUCGCCAGUGGGAGCUCGCCGCCUCACUGCUCGAGGGGGUGUUGCACAGGCGGCCGGCGUCGCUGGGCGGCGUGGUGGCCGCCAACAUCCUGGUCAGCGCGUGCGGCAAGGCGCGGCAGUGGCAGAGGGCUGUCAGCACGCUGUGGGGCCUGCAGGCUAAGUGGAUCUCCCCCGACGUCGUCACGUUCGACGCUGCCGCGGGCGCGUGCAGAGAUGCACACGCGUGGCAGAUGGCGCUGGUUCUGCUGCAGGCCGUGAGCGCUGCCUCGCUGAGCCCCACCGUCGUCACCUUCAACACCGCGAUCAGCGCGUGCGAGAUCUCGCGGCACUGGCACCUGGCCUCAACGCUGCUCGACGGCCUGCGCUGCCAGGGACUGGAGCCAGACAACAUCAGCUACGGCACCGCCAUGAGCGCGCACGCGAAGGCGCAGAGGUGGCGCUCGGCCUCGGCCCUGUUCGAGGACAUGCAGAGGUGA